UUUUUUGUGUUUUUUUUCUCAUUAGCAAAGUUGUUUGGCGAGCAAACAGUUAACCAAGGUUGACACUCAGAUGCAACAUGGAGGGCAUGGCCAAGCACCGACCGGCCUGGGGUUUCUAAGUGAACGCCCCCAAGUGGAAACCCACUCGAUGCGUGUCACUCAGAUGCGACCAAGCACGCUUAGUUAGAAGUCUGCUUCUGUGACAAUGAAUGAUCAGGCUCAUGUUUUACUUUCUAAAGUUAGUGAAACAGAAGGUAUCCCAGAAAGGUUUGCAGAACUCAUCAAGAAGCAUUUCAACAUCAUUUACUGUGAAGAAUUCCUGAAAAAUGAAAAAGAACACGCUGAUAAAAUCCAGUUUAUUUUUCAAUGGGAAGGUUACCCCAGAAUAGAUGAAAAGCUUCUGAAAUCUCUACCUCAUUUGAAGGCCAUUAUAAAUCAUGGAGUUGGUGUAGACCAUCUCAACUUAUCUCUGAUCUACAGUUUUGGGGUGAAGGUGGCCAACACUCCUCAUGUGGUUGACAAUGCUACUGCUGAAAUGGGCAUGGCUUUGAUGUUGGCAUCUGCCAGGAAUAUAUUGGAAGGUCAGAAGAUUUCAACUUCCCCCGACACUAAAAUGUAUCCUUUGAAUUGGUUUGGAGUCGAAGUGACUGGAGCUACACUUGGGAUCAUUGGAAUGGGACGGAUCGGAUACAAAGUCGCUCAAAGAGCCAAAGGAUUUGAGAUGAAAAUUCUGUAUCACAACAGGAACAGGAGGACUGAGGAAGAAGAGAGGCAGGUUGGGGCUUGUUACUGUGCAAAAAUUGAUGAUCUCCUCCUGAAGUCAGAUUUUGUGAUGAUUGUAGUAAGCUUGACUCCUCAAACUUCCAAAAUGAUUGGGGAAAGAGAGCUCAGUCUAAUGAAACCCAACGCUACUCUUAUUAAUAUCUCCCGUGGUGGAGUGAUUGAUCAGGAUGCUUUGGCGAAAGCACUUCAGAAUGGGGUUAUUCGUGCAGCAGCACUAGAUGUCUCUGAACCAGAGCCUCUUCCGAGGAAUCAUCCUUUACUACACUUACCAAAUGUCAUUCUGACUCCCCACAUUGGAACUGCCACUGAAAAGACCACUCGUGAAAUGCUGGAGAAAAUGAUUGAAAAUGCUGUGACUGCUGUUCGUGGAUUUCCAAUGCCUGACGAAGUGCUGCUGUCAUGAUGGGUAUAAGCAGUAGAGAUUUUGUGAUGCUUUGAUACUAAUACAUUGUAGUAAUGACCACCUCAACAUCAGUUCAUUCAAAAUAAACGUUCAACAGUUGGAAUGAA